AUGACUUCGGGCUUGUCUGAGGGUCUUGCUCAGCUCAGCAGCAAUCGCAGAGCCGGACAGCCUCGCCGUCCCGAGCCACAGCAAUCCUCCCUCCAACCACCGGCUCAUCAAAUAGGAGGGCGAGGCCCUGCGCAAAUGUCUCCUCCAAGGCAGUCCAUGAUGCAGCCUCGCCCUUCAUCAUCCUAUAGUUCACAUGUUUCCCCAAUUCCAACACACAAUGCGCGCGCAUCACAUCAGCCAGUGUCUGAGUCUCAGCCGCGGCGAAACAUGGACAUGAUUGAUAUCCGCGACGAGAACAUCACUGAAGCAGAAGCCCGCAAACGCCUCUCCUCUUACAUUGUCGUCCAUAUUGAAAGAUUAGCCGAUCCAUAUGACCUCGACGAUGAAGGCAACCCCGUACGUGCAACCUGGGAGAAGGCAACACACACAGCACAAAGAGACAUCUCUCAGGAAGAGACGAGACGCAAAGUUCGUGAGCUAAAUAAGGAAACCGGCUCGGUGACGGACAAGAAGAAUGAGCUUUCUUCAGCAAUCCAGCGGCAGCUGGAGCAUGCGUGGGAUAAGCUGGAUAAUAUGGAAUCGGACCCUCGCUUCGUCUACACGCUCGCUCAGUUGGACUGGAGGCUCAAGAGAGUUGAAACCAAAAGUCAUGAUAGAAAGCAUGAUAAAAGAAGCAAGGAUAAGAAGAGGGGCAAAGAGAAGCACAAGUCCAAAAGGUCGCCAUCAAGAUCAAAGCCUAAGAGAGAGCGAGUAUCAGUGACGGCAUACUUCAAAAGGGAGCCAGGGCGCCAUGAACACUGCUUGAAGAUGUUGAGGGCCCAGCAGCUGGAGAAACAAGAACAUGGAAGCAGAAGUCUGCCGCUCAAUGAGCAUCUUCCCAUGGUGAUCCCGGGUCAACCACCUCGCCCACAGGCUGUUGCGUAUAACACUGCCCGUUCUCUACCACAUUUUCAGGCUCCCCAGCCUGCGUUUGAUCCUCAGGUUCAAUGCCGUUUCCCAUUGAGCCAGCCUUCAAACAUCAUGGUCACUCGUCCUAAUGGACCAGCUCCUCCACCUCCUCCAUCUCAACCACCGUUAUCAUUAUUGCCGGCCCGGAUUGCUCCUCCUGCUCUUCCAUCAAUCUCUUCACGAAGCAACCUCUCUCAAGCAAUCGAAGCCCAAAACCGCAGGAUUCAAUCAAACGCACCGAGAAUGGAGCGCCAGCCUACAGCAGGGUCGCACAACUCCAGAAGCUCCGUCACCUCCUUCAGCUCUCUCUCCAGCGAAGAGUCUGAUGAUAACAUCCCUACACCAAGCUCGUCCGUUGGCCACAGUCCUCCUCAGCAUGACGGGCAAAGAGGCCGAAGCAGGUACCGCCAGCAUCAAGAUGGAGGCGAAUCCGUUGCGCUGGAAGUGGCCCGCCGUCAGAGACCCGCCGAUAGAUUCGUUGGUAUUCCUCCUCCAGCGCCUGAUCCUAUCAAAGCAGUGCCAGACGCAGACAUUCCGAGGCGCAUAGAGCAGAGAGCGUACCGCGAAGGCGUCAUGGAUGCACCUGCGAUGGCAAUAUCCAUGCCUACGGGGAACGUGGGCUCAUCACGCCAGCCUCGAAUCAUACAGGGUCCUCCAGAAAGCCAAAGAUCUCUUGCUCAUCACUCAGCACGAUACUCUCUGAGCAGUCAAGACAUGGAUCGAUUGGGAGAGAGAUUCAGCCGGACAUCACUAGCAGAUGAGCCCCGAAGUCGCCCGGAGUCACCAAGACGAUAUCGCGAUGAUUCUAAUGACGAGGUUUUGGUGUCUGGAUCGAGUCGCGGUCCAUGGAGAAGGCAAGAUGCUCAAAGAUACAUGGCAGACAGAAAGCGAACAGAUCAAGAUGCGUGGGAUCUGGGUAGCAGCGGUCCGUUGCGAUAUGGGGGGAAACAAAGAAGAGGGACGAAUUAUGCAGGAUAUGAGAAGUGA